GGGGAAAAAUGUGGAAUUGGGAGUCGCAGCUUGGAGUUGAAGCGGAUUACGUGGGACAGGAGAUGUUGAGAGCAGCCAUGUCAGAGGAGGCGGUGCGUCAAACGCGCAGCCAGAAGAGGGCCAUGGAGAGGGACAGCACGGGAGACAUGGACUCCAAACGGGUCAAGUUGGAGAAAGGGGCCGGCGAGGGAAAACCCUUGGACCCGGAUGGUGCCGAAGCGGACGGUGUCGCGCUCAAGAGUGAGCCGUCGGGCAAGCUGUCAGCCAGCAUCCUAAAGACUGGGGAGGUGAAGGCCACCAUUAAGGUGGAGGUGCAGACGGGGGAUCAGCCUGUCGAUAUGAGCACAUCCAAAAGCGAAAUCAAGAGAGAGCGCCAGCCGCCAUCACCAGACGAUGUGAUUGUGCUGUCUGACAACGAGCCAUCCAGUCCCCUCAUGAACGGCCACUGUUUUACCAAGACCGACACAGAAAAACUUAUGAAGAGUUCUCCCAAAGAGCGAGAGCAAAUCAUCAAACAGCUCAAAGAAGAGCUACGACUCCAAGAAGCCAAGUUGGUGCUGCUUAAGAAACUACGGCAGAGCCAGAUCCAGAAGGAGAGCACAGCUCAGAAGGCAUCCGGCUCUGUGGCCACUCCUCCUCCUCUGGUGAGAGGUAGCAUUACAUCAAGCAAAGGACCCCUCCAGGUAACGGGUCGCAGCUCAGGCACGGUCAUCCCUCCGCCUCUGGUGAGGGGUGGUCAACAUAUCCCGUCCAAACACAGCUCUCAGACCACCAUGCCCCCACUGGUCAGAGGAGCCCAGCCUGUUACUGUGACUCCUCAGCAGAUCGCCAGCCUGCGUCAGCAGCAGCAGCAGCACGGCGGCUCGGGCCCUCCUCCGCUUCUGCUGGCUCCACGGGCAUCCGUGCCCAACGUCCAGGUCCAAGGACAGAGGAUCAUUCAGCAGGGCCUCAUUCGGGUGGCUAAUGUGGCCAACAGUAAUAUAUUGGUCAACAUCCCACAGGCGUCUCCAACGGGCAUUAAGGGUUCUUCACUGUCGCCAAACUCUGGCAUCAAUGACUCGCCUGCCAGCCGCCAGGCCGCCGCCAAGCUUGCCCUUCGCAAGCAGCUGGAAAAGACGUUACUGGAGAUCCCGCCGCCCAAACCACCUGCCCCCGAGUUCAACUUCCUACCUUCCGCCGCCAAUAAUGAGUUCAUCUACUUGUUGGGGUUGGAGGAAGUGGUGCAAAAACUCCUGGACAUGCUUGGCAGAGGUAAUCUAGGUCCAACGGCCGGCAUGUCUAGCUCUAUUCCCAAAGAGCCGUACACCUGCACCCAGUGUAAAACUGAUUUCACCUCCCGCUGGAGGAAGGAAAAGGCCGGGACCAUCCUGUGUAACCAGUGUAUGUCGUCCAAUCAGAAAAAGGCCCUUAAGGCCGAGCACACCAGCCGGCUGAAGGCGGCCUUCGUAAAGGCGCUGCAGCAGGAGCAGGAGAUCGAGCAGCGCAUCCUCCAGCAGGCCACCACCUCCUCGGCCACGCCCGUCUCCAAAACCACCUCGUCCUCUCCUUCGCUGUCCAAAAGCGAGGUGCUGGUGUCUCACCCGUACAAGCAGGUCCGGGCUGCCAUGCCGCACAGAUCUGUGACGGGGCACCACUCUGCCAUUAAGCAACUGCAGAACGCAGUGACGGCUGCGGCGUUGAGCAGUAGGCCAAGUAAGCAUGGGGCGGCGCGCCCUCUCCAGCAAGGGGUGAAGGUCAGCGCCGGUGGCAGCAACAGUAACCAGGGCAACGUGACUGCCUGGAGGAAGGGCAGCACCAAUGCAGGCGUGACUAUGGCCUACGUGAACCCCAGCUUGUCCACCCACAAGACCACCUCCUCUGUGGAGCGCCAGCGGGAAUACCUGUUGGACAUGAUCCCUUCCCGCUCCAUCUCCCAGGCGGCCAACACAUGGAAAUAAUACCGCCUCAUGUCCCCCCGCCCUCCCGUUCCUAUUCUUAUUCCCUCCCUUAAUAUCUAUGAUAGCCAUUGUGCGCCCACCCAUCUAUCAUAUUAUCAUUCUAAUCCUUUCUAUGAACAUGAUGCAGGGAGGCAGUAAAUCUGCUCCCUGUUUUUUCUUUUUUUCUUUUUUUUUUUCUUGAGAUGGAGAAAUUCCUCCAUUUCCUCAGAGCCCAUUCCCCAAGUCUAGGAUACAAGGAUUGUGUCCAGUACAUGUUUAUUUUUAUUUGUAUUUUUUUUCAAGGUGGUUUAGGUUCAAACUUCUUUCGGUUGACCAUCUUAGAGUGGGAGUCGUCACACAAUUCCCAAACUCCUCUGUCUAUGGAUUAGACAGGGAAAAGAUAUUAAGAUUAUUAUUAUUAUUAUUAGACACAACAGAAUACACGCCUUAGCCCUUCUCCGGGAGGUCCGGUGCGGUGUCUGAACUGAAGAUCUCGUCGCAGGGAUUGUUUGAAAUUAAGAAGAAAGAAAAAAAAAAAAGACUGUAAAAGUCCACACAGACUGCCUCUUCUCUCUGACCUCCAUCGAGUGUACCAGAGAAGCCCAUGAGUGUCGGAUUCUUUUGUAUGGCUGAAUGUGAGGAUUCUUGUCUGCGUGUUUUUGUUUUUCCAAAUAUUGUGCUCCUCCAACGUUUUGGAAGUUGCCUCACGCCGAGGUUGGAAUUAUGCGGGCUCACGUUACUGUUGAAGGUGGUUUUACAUCUGCCGGUUUCCACGUCGUAGCUGACUUUUAAAUAUUUAGAAGAGAAAGAAUAAAGAUAAAAAAAUGUUUCACUGAAUAUUGUAAAGUUCUGGGAGCCUUUUAUAAUGUUUUGAGGACUAUCGUUGAGGGACGUAACACUUCCAAAAAGAAAACUAGUGGAGCCCAAAUGUAAUCCCUUCUGCUAGAAGGUUUGGAAUUUAUUUGAAGCCUCUCUGGAGUCAGCACAUGAUGUCAUGCUAAAACUGGAGGGGGAUUUGUCAGGAAUGUCAUUUUGUGACAUGCUUUGUUUUUCUGUUGUUUUUGCUUUUAGUCCUUUAGGUUGUGGUGCAUUGUUUUCUUCUCUAGACACAACUGUCCCUGGGUUUAUUUAUAGGGUCGCGUGAUUAGUAGAGACAUGCGUGUCAAUGGAUCUCCGCCGCUCGUCGGUCAAGAAGAAGCUGGGCAGCUUUCAGAAUGUAGUGAUGCAAGGCCCAACGCCGCCCCAGGAAGUCUAACGUGUCAUCGCGUCAGCUUCUUGACAGAGGUUGCGCUAGGGGAUAAUUGGACUUCAAACAGUAACGCUCACUGUGCUACGUGUUUAGCUCCUUAACAACGGAGCCAAGUCUCCAACGUGUUGCAAUAGCCAAUAAAAGUGUGGCCAGGUUGCUUGUGAAUUUGGAAUUCCACUGUCAGAUCAGGCGAACCGGACAUAUUCUGUACCUCAGAGGCUCACUUGAAAAGCCUCACAAAACAUUGAUAAUUAACAUUUGUUGGAUAGUAUUUUGGCAGCGUAGGAGCUAAGUGGUCAGCUAGCCUGAUUCACAGUUUUGAGGUUUGGGGUUUGAGUCUCAGCUUUGGCCUUUCCAUUCCAAAAACAUUCAUAACAGGUUUAUUGAAAACCAGGUUUUCGAUAUGUGUGAGUGUGAAUGUUGGUGUAUAUUGUACCUUGUGUUUGGAUGGCAAGCAGUCCUGGGCCUGUCCUGCUUUUGGCAAAGAGUUAGCUGGGAUAAGCUCCAGGCCCAGCUGGGACCCAAACCAAAAGUGGUAUAGAAAAUGGUUGGAUGCAUGUGUCAUAUUUCUUUGUAAUUUCGGACAAAUUGAACAAAUUGUCCCAUGGUGGGGAAAAUUAGAAUCAGAAUCGCCUUUAUUGUAAUUGUAUAGCAUACAACGAAAUUUGGGUGCCACUCCUUAGUGCCAUUGUUUCCUGGUUUCACUUUGGACUUGAGCUCCCGUGUACGAAAAUCUGCGAAGGAAACAUCCCAGGUUGUCUCCAUGUUCCCGAAAGGCAAAAAAAGCAGAAGGAACAAAAACCUACAUCUUGGGGAUGCAAACGGCAAGACCGUCACUGUUUGAAAUCAACACCAUUCCGUUUGUUUUAGAGGGAAAGACGUGGCCAAACCCACACAAAAGAAAAUGAUGUAUGAGGAGAUAUUUGUUUAUUGCAGCCCCCUACCCUAUUAAACAAUAAAAACAAAUUUUAACCCA